AAAGCCAAGCAAAAGUAGAACGGGCCAGGCAGAAUGACUGAGCACCAGGAAGACUUGUUGUCUAAUGACGAUGACGAGUCCUUCUCAUACUGUCCAGAGGUCGAGGAUACUUUCACCGAGGAGGAGACGGAACAAGCGCUGCUGUUCAUCAAGGAAAAUAAUUUGCCCAUGGCCGAUCUGCACUAUGCUCUCAAAUAUGUGCGCAUCUCGAAUCGCGCCGUCGAUCUGGACGACAAGUUUAAGGAGAUACAACAACGCCUGAAGAAGCUGCGGGAACAGGACAUGGUUGUUGUCAGCCCGCCGAAGUGCGGCAACUUGAGUUACAAUUUCGUCAACAAUCCCCAAACGUGAAGAGCUUUAAUUGAAAUCGAAUUUGCAAGAGUUUUGUGUGAUUUAUUAAAGGCAAGUAAACCAAGUUA